UUUCGUCACUAACACAUUAUUGAUAGUAAAGUUAUGAAGUGAUGACAUCAUACAUAUGUCUAGUGAUAAAAUUCAGAUAUUUUAAGGAAAACAGCCUAAUAUAUAUAUAAAGAUAUUUCUAAGUGAAAAUUUAUCAAAUUACUAUGACUUCGACAUGGGAAGAGUUUUUUGCUAAACAUCCACCACCACAAGAUCUAACUCAAACCGAAAGUCUUUUAAAAAGCUUUAUUGACAGACAUUUAAAAGAAAACAAUAAAGUAGUAUUAAUAACGAGUGGCGGUACAAUGAUUCCAUUAGAACAUAACACUGUUAGAUUUGUUGAUAAUUUUAGUGCUGGAUUCAGAGGAUCAGCAUCAGCUGAAUAUUUUUUAGAAAAUGGUUAUGCUGUAAUAUUUAUGUACAGGCUCAAAUCAUUAGAACCAUUUACAAGACAUUUUAUAGGACACAAGAUUUUAGAUAUGCUCAAUAUAACAGAAGACACGGAUAAAUAUAUUGUUACAGUUGCACCUGAACAUACAGAAAAAGUUGCAGUGGUUUUACGAAAAUAUAAAGAAACACUACAACAGAACAAAUUGAUACAAAUUAGUUUUAAUACUUUGACUGAGUAUCUUUGGCUACUUAGAACUGCUUGUCAAGCAUUAUCUUGUUUAAAAGAUGAAGCUCUUUUAUACUUAGCUGCAGCUGUUUCUGAUUUUUAUGUACCAUUUGAUAAAAUGUCAGUACAUAAAAUAUCUUCUAAUGGUCCACCAACAAUAUCACUUCAACUAGUACCAAAAAUGUUGGAACCUUUAGUUAAUCUAUGGGUACCACAAGCCUUUGUAAUUUCAUUUAAGUUAGAAACAGAUCAAAAUGUUUUGGUUUCAAAAGCAAGGACUGCUUUGAAUAAGUACAAACACAAUCUUGUAGUUGCUAAUAUGUUACAGACUCGAAAACAACAAGUAAUUAUUGUCAGUAAAGAAAAUGAUUAUGUCUUAUCAUUAACACAUGAACAAAUGGAGAAAGGUGAAGAAAUUGAAAAAUUCAUAGUUGCUGACAUAAUUCUAAAGCAUAAGAAUUUUUCGAAGGUCAGAUAAUGUAUCCUAUUACUCAAGGUAUAGGUAUAUUUUUAUAACAUGAUUUUUUAAAUAAACAUUACUAUUUUUUUAUUGUAUUACUAUCGUUAAUAAGAAUAUUAUUAGUAAAUAUUAGUUGUUUAUUGCACAACUAGGGGAAAACAUAAUUGGAUACAGUAUCCAAUUAUAGCACUUUUUUGUAUAAAUUACAAAUUAAUUUAGUGAAAAACUAAAUAUAAUAUAAUAAAUCGUUGUUUAAAGUAUUUACAAUUAUAUUUAAAUAUAAAUAUAAAUAUAAGUUAUAAGUAAUAUGUUUUCAGUCAGAUAAACUUUUAUAUAUAAUAAAGUAUAUUACAUAGUUUUCGCACAGAUAGUACUCAUUAAUUUUUUAUACUUGUAAUAAGCAUAUUGAUUUUAUCUAUUAAUUUUUUUUCCGACGGUCCACAUUGUGCUAAUACAAACGUUAGAGCAGAAACAUCUUUUUGCUCUGCUGCUGUUUGGGCUGCUUCAUUCAACAUUCUGUAUAAAUUAUAAUAUAUUUAACUUUUGUAGAAUUAUUUGAAACGAAUCAACUUUAUCAUAUUGUUAUGUUAUAGCUAAUUUCUUAGAGAUUAUAGCUAAUCUCUUAUUAUUUUUACAUAAUAAAUGAAUAAAAAUAUAAAAUGUCUAUUAAAGCAUACUUACUUCAAUUUAA